CGCGAGAAGGUUACUACCAAUGGAAAAUCUAGAAUUCGCGCAACACAAACCCUCGACUAAAGAACCUCUCGAAGGGACUUUAUUUCGCAAACAUGAAUGGCAAAGCGAAUACGUAAAAGCUGCAGUCAGAAAAUGGAAUAAAGUGUACACAGUAUUACGAAACUCUCAAAUUUUCUUCUACCCUGAUUCUAAAACAGCGCACUCCAAACCAGAAAAAACUUUCCAAGGGGAGGAUCCUUUAAGCCUGAACGACGCCACUGCAUCUGAAGAUAAAUUCUACAAGAAGAAAAAGCAUGUUUUCAGGCUUGUGUUGAAAAACAAGAUGGAAUAUUUGUUUCAAGCGAAAGAUGAAGAAGAAAUGAACACGUGGAUUUCGAGGAUUAAUUCACUUGAAAAAAGCUGUUCUCACUUUGAUCAAGUUUCGAAGAAUGCGUCGACAACCAGGCGUUGCAGUUUUUAAGAAGUAAUGAUCAAAUUUAAUAAACUGGUAUCCAAUUUUAUGUUUAAUAGAAUUAUCUAUUUUUCAA